AGAACAGGGGCUCUGUAACCUUGGGUCCCAGCUUUCAAGUCCCUCUCUCUCUACACGGCUGUAUCCCCUAUGUGCUCCUCCUCAGAACUACCAGACACCAGUUUCAACUCUCAACAAAGGGGAAAAACCCUUGUAAAACCCCUACAUUUGCAAUCCCACCAAAAGCUCUAUAAAACGGCUUCUUCUAUCAAUAAGCUGGGGAGAGCUGUGGAGGUUGUUUUCACCCAAAACAGUCCCUUCAAGCCCUCUUGCCCUCCUUUCUGGCUAUCCCAUUCACGACGUCCCCACUCUUCUUCUAUGGCUUCUUCUAACUCUCGCUCUCUUUGGGCUUCCUCUGACAAAGCCCUCCACAGGCAAGAAGUUUACAGACUCCAGGGUGUCAAUUGUCUUUUUCACAAUGUAAUUGUAUUUAGUAGUUUGCGUCAGUGUAAAAGAAGUACGAAUUAUAACACCAUGCUAUUCAGUGAAAGUCAUAGAUAUGAUAACAUGGAGUAUUAUAGUCCAUCUCCUUUCCGGAAGCUUGUGGUUCGUUCAGAGUCAAGGAGUCCAUCUACUUCAUCUGCUCAGAUCCUUUCUCAUCUCCUGAAUAAGAUUCCUCCCGAAGGAAAACACUUCUCUACUGUGCUUGUUCAAAAGCAAAGAAUAGAAAAAAGAAACCAACAACUUCCAAUACAUUUACAUGGCUCCUUUAUAUUGAGUACUGCUUCUGAACUAGCACUGUCCCGUAAUCUUACUAAUUGGAAUUUGAGUACUGAAGAAGUUAAGGAAAUGAAAAGGACAACCCAUUGUAGUAGCGAGAACAAUUCACAAGGUAAGGUCAGGGACUUGCAAGAUGGCAUUGCUUAUGAAAAUUUGAAAUAUAAGACUGAUUCUUUUAUUUCAGAGAUUGUCACUAUUCCGAGUAAAAGAGCUUCACAAAAUUCAUUUGACCAUACAAACAAGGGUUGUAAAGAAAUUAACCCACAAACCCCUAGGCGACAUAAACCCAGUAGUCAAGAACAAAAAUGUAAUGUAUGGUCAAGAACAAAGGGAAGGAAAGAAUCAAAUUCCAGACCAUUCCACACUGAUGCAAUUCAAUGUAAUGUGGGGGAUACAAAUUCUUAUAUUAUCACUGAAGGAAAGACUGCCGAAGAAUCACACCACGUGCCCCUGCCAGAUCUUUGCAAGAAGCUUAAUCGCAUUUACGACAAAGUUAUUGUAGUUGAUAAUAUCUCUAUUGCAAAGGAAGUUGUUGGGUUGCUUACAAAUCAGUACAGGCAUCUUGUCCAUGCAUGCGAUACAGAGGUGGCCCAGAUUGAUGUGAAGCUGGAAACUCCUGUUGAUCAUGGGGAGAUAAUAUGCUUCAGUAUUUAUUCUGGACCAGAAGCAGAUUUUGGAGGUGGCAAGUCUUGUAUAUGGGUAGAUGUUCUUGAUGGUGGUGGCAAGGAUCUUUUGGUUGAAUUUGCCCCCUUUUUUGAGGACCCGUCCAUUAAAAAGGUUUGGCAUAACUAUAGUUUUGAUAACCAUGUAAUAGAAAACUAUGGACUUAAACUUGAUGGAUUUCAUGCUGACACAAUGCACUUGGCGCGGUUAUGGGAUUCUUCAAGGCGAAUAAAUGGUGGGUAUUCCCUUGAAGCACUUACAAGUGAUCGAAAUGUCAUGUCGAGUGAUAAAAAAUGCCGUGAUGGAGAGCUUAUUGGUAAAGUAUCAAUGAAAACCAUCUUUGGUAGGAGGAAGGUGAAGAAAGAUGGAACUGAGGGAAAAAUUAUCGCGGUUGCUCCUGUUAAAGAGCUUCAAAGAGUAGAGCGUAGAUCAUGGAUAUGUUAUUCUGCCAUGGAUUCGAUGAGCACACUAAAGCUUUAUGAAAGUUUGAAAAGCAAGCUAUUAUCAAUGAGUUGGAAGCUUGAGGGAGAGAAUAAAGGAUGCAUGUUUGCCUUCUAUGAGAAAUAUUGGCGUCCGUUUGGUGAACUUCUAGUAAAAAUGGAAACUGAGGGAAUGCUUGUGGAUCGUACACGCCUUGCUGAGAUGGAAAAGGUGGCUAAAGCAGAACAACAAGUUGCAGCUACUAGAUUUCGCAAUUGGGCAGCUAGGUAUUGCCCUGACGCUAGAUACAUGAAUGUGGGAAGUGACACACAAUUGCGCCAGCUAUUUUUUGGUGGCAUAACAAACAGAUACGAUCCUACCGAGAGUCUUCCUGUUGUGAAGGAUUUCAAAGUUCCCAAUGUUGAUAAAGUGAUUGAAGAAGGCAAGAAGAUUCCCAAAAAAUAUCGUACUAUUAAACUGCAUAAAAUUGUUGAUGAUAUGAAAACAGAGAUGUAUACGGCAUCUGGUUGGCCCUCUUGUAGUGGAGAUGCUUUGAAGGCACUUGCUGGGAAGGUCUCUGCAGAAUUUGAUUUUAUGGAGGGGGCUCAUCAAUUGCAGUCGGACAAUAUUGUUGAGAAUUUGCAUGAAAAAACAAGUGAUAGAUAUUCAUGGACAACUGGAGUGGAUGGCAGUGAAGAUACCGACAUAUCUGCUUAUGGAACAGCUUAUGGGGCGUUUGGAAGGGGAAAGACAGGGAGGGAGUCUUGCUAUGCCAUUGCUGCUUUAUGUCAAGUUUGCUCCAUAGACUCUUUAAUAUCCAACUUCAUCCUUCCCUUGCAGGGCAGUCAUAUAUCAGGCAAAAAUGGGCGCAUUCAUUGUUCACUGAAUAUUAACACGGAAACUGGGCGAUUAUCAGCUAGGAGGCCAAACUUGCAGAAUCAGCCUGCUUUAGAAAAGGACCGGUAUAAGAUUCGUCAAGCAUUCAUAGCUGCUCCUGGGAAUUCCCUCAUUGUUGCUGAUUACGGACAGCUGGAACUUAGGAUUCUUGCUCAUCUUGCCAACUGUAAGAGCAUGUUGGAUGCUUUUAAAGCUGGUGGAGAUUUCCAUUCAAGGACUGCAAUGAAUAUGUAUCCCCAUAUUUGUGAAGCUGUUGAACAAAAGCAAGUGCUUCUCGAGUGGCAUCCUCAACCUGGUGAAGAUAAACCCCCAGUUCCUCUAUUGAAAGAUGCUUUUGCUUCUGAAAGAAGGAAAGCUAAGAUGCUGAAUUUUUCCAUUGCAUAUGGAAAAACUCCAAUGGGGCUUGCUCGGGAUUGGAAGGUUUCUGUGAAGGAAGCAAAGGAAACUGUUGAUCUCUGGUACAGGGAGAGAGGUGAAGUGCUGAGAUGGCAGGAAAAACAUAAAGAAGAAGCUCGCAAGUAUAACCGUGUUCACACAUUGCUGGGACGGGCUCGCACAUUCCCUUUAAUGACUCAUGCUUCUCCCUCUCAAAAAGGUCAUAUUGAACGAGCUGCUAUUAAUGCCCCAGUGCAGGGUAGUGCUGCUGAUGUUGCUAUGUGUGCCAUGUUAGAAAUUUCAAAGAAUGCACAUUUGAAGGAGCUUGGAUGGAAGCUGCUUUUACAGGUUCACGAUGAAGUAAUCUUGGAAGGGCCAACUGAGUCGGCUGAGCUUGCCAAGGCCAUAGUUGUUGAGUGCAUGUCCAACCCCUUCGACGGCAAGAAUAUCCUCAAAGUGGAUCUAUCUGUUGAUGCCAAAUGUGCUAAAGACUGGUAUUCUGCCAAGUAGUUGAUGGGUUGCAUUGGCAAAACAAAUUGGAUCUUGGUGGAGAACCCCCUAUUCUGAGUCCUUGCUCCUUGGGGACGGGAUUCUUCCAUGUCACCAUUCCGAGUCCGACAAGGGCAUUUGCCUCUUGGAAGGUUUUGACACCAGAGUACAGUCGUGUAAUCACGUUGGUGUAAAAUUAAUCACCAUAUUUGACAGUAAGGAAGCCACAGUUCACCAGGGUUGGAACCUACAGGGGCUUGGUUUGCUGUAUGUUGAAGAUUUUUGCCAUUUUAAUGUUCAUUUGACACUGAAUUUGUUAUUCAAGCAAGAGAUGAAGGCUCAACUGUUAGCAUCUUUUUCCUGAAAUUUUUCCUGUAAUUUUGAGGAACACUUGAUCAUUCUUUGGAAAAAUUAACAUGCUCGGAUGUCUUUAAUGCA